ACCAAUGAUGUCGUUGGAAACACAUGGAACUGGCUCUACUUCAUCCCACUCAUUAUCAUCGGCUCCUUUUUUAUGCUCAAUCUGGUGCUUGGUGUCUUAUCAGGAGAAUUUGCUAAAGAGCGAGAACGUGUGGAGAAGAGGCAGGAGUUCCUUAAGCUUCGCCGACAGCAGCAGAUUGAGAGAGAGCUUACUGGAUACUUGGAGUGGAUCUGCAAAGCAGAGGAGGUUUUGCUGGAGGAAGAGGAUGAGAUUGCAGAGGAGAAGUCCCCGUUGGAUAGUGCGUGGUACAAGAGGAAGCAAAACCUUUCAGUUCUGAAACGAGGCAAAAUGAAGAAAGGUAAAAACGACCUUAUAGGUGCUGAGGAAGGAGAGGAUCCUUUUGCUGACAUGUCCUCUGUUGCUCCCCCUGGCUCUCCAUUUGGUCGGGCAAGUGUGAAGAGUGGUAAAAUAGACAGCUCAUCUUACUUCCGCCGCAAAGAAAAGAGGAUUCGUUUCUUUAUCCGCCGCAUGGUGAAAGCUCAAAGUUUCUACUGGAUUGUCCUGUGCCUGGUGGGCCUCAACACUCUCUGUGUAGCCAUAGUGCACUACGACCAACCGGAGUGGCUUACAAGAGCCCUCUACACUGCAGAGUUUGUGUUUCUGGGUUUAUUUUUGACUGAGAUGACACUGAAGAUGUACGGCCUGGGAGCAAGAAAUUACUUUCACUCGUCAUUUAACUGCUUUGAUUUUGGGGUAAUUGUGGGGAGUAUUUUAGAGGUGAUCUGGGACAUGAUUAAACCAGGGGCAUCAUUUGGUAUCAGUGUGUUGAGGGCCUUGAGACUCCUCAGGAUUUUCAAAGUCACCAAAUAUUGGAAUUCACUGAGGAACCUUGUUGUGUCUCUCCUCAACUCCAUGAAGUCCAUCAUCAGCUUGCUCUUCCUUCUCUUCCUUUUCAUUGUGGUCUUUGCUUUGCUGGGCAUGCAGCUCUUUGGAGGACAGUUUAACUUUGAAGAUGAAACACCAACAACAAACUUUGAUACCUUUCCAGCAGCCAUCCUCACAGUGUUUCAGAUUCUGACUGGUGAGGACUGGAAUGCUGUGAUGUACCACGGCAUUGAAUCUCAAGGAGGAGUUCGACGCGGCAUGUUCUCAUCCAUUUAUUUCAUUGUCCUCACACUCUUUGGAAACUACACCCUCCUGAAUGUUUUCUUGGCUAUUGCUGUUGAUAACCUCGCAAAUGCACAGGAGCUGACAAAGGAUGAGGAAGAACAGGAGGAGGCAGCCAACAAGAAACUUGCAAUGCAGAAAGCACUGGAAGUGAAAGAAGUCAGCCCGAUGUCAGCUGCCAACAUUUCCAUUGCGGCUUUUGUAAAGCAAAAUCGAGAUGCACUCUCUCGCAGGUCGUCCAUCAGCAGCAUUCAGUCACCCAAGGAGUGGACCAAGCUGGAUGAGGAUGUAGACAAGAGCCUGGAAGCCAUCUCAAAUGGCAACACCGACCUGAAACUCUUAACCAUAUGCUCCCUCAUCAUGAGCAGAGGCCAGCUGCGUCAAGAACUGAAAUCCUUGAGACGCCAGUUCAAGGCAGCUAUCGAAGAGGAGAGACCUAGUCUAAAAGAGCAACAGCGGUCUGCAAAGUCCAAGUCAAUUUGGGAGCAGAGAACCAGCCAGCUGAGGAGACACAAUAUGAGGGCCAGCAAUGAAGCCCUGUUCAAUGAGCUUGAUCUCGAAGACCACUCACGAAAUUCCACCACCAUCCAUCUGCAUCCCGACAUAAAGACUCACAGGGACCGUCCACUUCUAGUGGAGGGCAAGAAUAGCGACAACACCAGCAGGCACUCCGAAGGAGGUCAGGAAGAGGUAGGAGGUCCCUGGGAGGACAGGGUGGGAGACAGCUUCCACACGCACUCCAGGAGACAUCACCGCCACCGUGACAAGAACAGUGAUGGAGGCAACGGCCGGGGAGGGAGCCAUCAUACACAUCACAGCAGGAGCAGAGAUCACAAUGCAGAUGGAAACCAGACAAAUGAUAGGGGAUGGGAGAGGAGCAUGGGCUGUGAUGGAGGACAUGGACACAGGCACAACCACAAAUCCAGCUCCCCUGAGGAGGAGGGAAGUGAUACUCGAGGAGGGUUAGAAGGAGAGCAAAGAGGUCAUCGCCACCAUUUUCAUCGUCCAAAGGCAGGAAAUGGGCAGUUGGCAAAUGGUGCACAAGGAGAGUCAAAAGGAAGAGAGGGAGGUGGAUGGGAUGCCAAUGAAGAACGAAAGAAACGGUGCUCUCGCAUGGCUAGAGCUCAAUCUACUCUUGGUGGAUCCGAAAAUUACAGGGAAAGACAAUCAGAUGCUGAGGAGGACAGAUUUGCAUGCAGUCCAUUACAGCCAAAGCGGAGCAGCUUGACAUUCAGUGAAAAGCAAGAAGAUGCUGAUAACCAAAAGAACUCCACCAGAGCUAGUCAAGCUGGCAUCAACAGCAAUGCCAUCCACAUUCCUGUUACAAUCACUACCCCUCCUGGUAAUACUACAGUCAUCCCCUUGAACAACAUUGACUGUGACAACUUCCAACUCGGUGAGGAUAAGAAGGAUUUGGAAGAGGAUGAAGCUAAUGGGCCUCAGCAAAUCCUUCCCUACAGCUCAAUGUUUGUUUUUGGACAAACAAACCCAGUGCGACGGCUUUGUCAUUAUGUGGUGAACCUUCGAUACUUUGAAAUGUGCAUCCUGAUGGUCAUUACAAUGAGCAGCAUUACCCUUGCAGCUGAGGACCCCGUCCAAGCCAACGCACCACGGAACAACGUUCUCAAAUAUCUGGACUAUGUGUUUACUGGCGUCUUCACUUUUGAGAUGGUGAUAAAGGUGAGACGAGGGACAAAAGGCAAAGACAUCAAUACCAUUAAGUCCCUUCGGGUCCUCAGAGUCCUGCGGCCACUCAAGACCAUUAAGCGGCUGCCCAAGUUGAAGGCUGUGUUCGACUGUGUUGUGAACUCCCUGAAGAAUGUUCUAAACAUCCUCAUUGUCUACAUCCUCUUCAUGUUUAUCUUCGCUGUAAUUGCUGUGCAGCUCUUUAAGGGCAAAUUCUUCUAUUGCACCGACGAGUCCAAGGGCCUAGAAAAAGACUGCAGAGGUCAGUUUCUGGAUUAUGGCAGGGAUGAUGUGGUACCUCAAGCUAGAGUGUGGAAGAAAUAUGAGUUUCACUAUGAUAAUGUUCUCUGGGCCUUCCUAACACUCUUCACUGUCUCCACUGGGGAGGGCUGGCCGAUGGUCUUAAAGCACUCAGUGGAUGCCACAUAUGAGGAUCAGGGGCCCAGCCCAGGAUUCCGCAUGGAGACAUCCAUCUUUUAUGUAGUCUACUUUGUGGUGUUUCCCUUCUUCUUUGUCAACAUAUUUGUGGCUUUGAUCAUCAUCACGUUUCAGGAGCAGGGAGACAAGGCCAUGUCUGAGUGUAGUUUGGAGAAGAAUGAGAGGGCCUGUAUUGACUUUGCCAUUAACGCUAAGCCACUUACAAGAUAUAUGCCACAGAACAAGCAGUCCUUCCAGUACAAGAUGUGGAAAUUUGUGGUGUCCUCACCUUUUGAGUAUGCCAUCAUGACUUUAAUUGCCCUCAACACAGUCGUGCUGAUGAUGAAGUUCUAUGGAGCUCCAGACCUGUAUGAGUCGAUGCUGAAAUACUUAAACAUCGUCUUCACAGGCCUCUUCACGCUUGAGUGCAUCCUCAAGAUUAUUGCCUUCAAUCCACUGAACUACCUGAAAGAACCCUGGAAUGUGUUUGACUUUGUUACUGUGAUUGGAAGCAUCACAGACAUCUUGGUCACAGAGAUAAAUGUAAGAGAUAAACGUAACAAGAUGAUAAACCUGAGCGUCUUAAGGCUGUUCAGAGCGGCUCGUCUCAUUAAGCUGUUGCGACAGGGGUACACUAUCCGUAUUCUUCUGUGGACCUUCGUUCAGUCCUUCAAGGCUCUGCCAUAUGUGUGCCUGCUUAUUGCCAUGUUGUUCUUCAUCUACGCCAUCAUUGGGAUGCAGGUGUUUGGUAACAUUGAAUUAAAUGAAGAUACUGCCAUAAAUCACCACAACAACUUCCAGACCUUUUUCCAGGCAUUGACCCUUCUGUUCAGGAGCGCAACAGGUGAGGCUUGGCAUGAGAUCAUGCUCUCUUGCCUCAGUAACCGCCAAUGUGACGAGCUCUCAGGAACUAAAGGACCGGAAUGUGGCAGUGAUUUUGCAUACUUUUACUUUGUGUCAUUCAUCUUCCUCUGCUCUUUUCUGAUGUUAAAUCUCUUUGUUGCUGUCAUAAUGGACAACUUUGAGUACCUGACCAGGGAUGCUUCUAUCCUUGGGCCACACCACCUUGAUGAAUUCAUUCGUGUUUGGGCAGAGUAUGACCCUGCUGCCUGUGGGAGAAUAUGCUAUCGGGAUAUGUACAAAUUAUUGCGUUUUAUCUCACCUCCCCUGGGCCUUGGGAAGAAGUGCCCCAACAGGGUGGCUUAUAAGGUUUGCACUUCCACACAUGGCCGCAUGGUUUACCGUGACAUGUACGAGAUGCUUCGCGACAUGUCACCUCCACUAGGUUUGGGAAAGAAAUGCCCACCACGAGUCGCCUAUAAGCGACUGGUAAAAAUGAACAUGCCUAUUGCGGAUGACAACACCGUUAAUUUCACCUCCACAUUGAUGGCCCUGAUUCGCACAGCCUUGGAGAUCAAACUGGCAUCUGGCGUCCUGGCACAGCGUUUGUGUGAUGCUGACCUGAGAAGAGAAAUUAACCGAGUUUGGCCUAACCUGACGUUAAAAACCGUUGACCUGCUGGUGACGCCUCACAAAUAUAAUGAGCUGACUGUAGGGAAGAUCUAUGCGGCUCAUAUGAUAUUUGAUUACUACAAGCAGAAUCGUGCAAAGAAACUCCAGGAGCAGAACCCAUCUGGAGCUUCUCAGAGUAAAUUAGGGGCAUUGUUCCGUCCCAUGCUACCCUUCUCUCAUAUACAAGAGGUACCACCCCCAAUUUCUAGCCCAAGGAAACCUCUUCCACCCCAGCCUGAGCCUGAAAGAAAAACAGAACCCACCACUACCGUCAGGUCCUUCGACACCAACACAAUACUGACCCAGAAAAGUGUCAUAAAACAUUCCCAGUCUGGGGAUGUUUCUCAGGCAGCUCAGAGGCCGAAAGCCCGGAGGAAGCUGCAGAGAGGGCAGUCAGAAGAUGUACAAUAUUCCUCAAGACUACACGAAAUGGUUGAACUAAAGCAGGUGGAGAAUAUUUCAGACACAGAGGGACAUCCUAGCCUCGAGAGUCAUUGCCGAGCAGCCUCUUUGCCCCGAUUAAAUGCUGAGUACUAUCGGAGCCACCCUCGCCACGCCCCUGGGACCCACCUGGCACCUAUUGUUGACCUCAGUCCUAUUAAACGCUCCGCAUCCUCGCUGACACCACAGCUUCACCUUCAGGAGGUUGGGCUAAAGGAGUUUGACCUACAAGGUGUUGGGCAAGCCCAUUCUUCCCCAGGGCCAGGACAAGUCCAGGGACAGGACAGAGCCCACCACCACCACCACCACCGCUGCCAUCGACGCAGGGACAAAGACAGAGACAAGAGACAGAAGUCUUUGGAUAAAACUGUAUCAGUGCACCCAUCAAACACUGUUGGUUCAUUCACAGACCCCUCAGUUGAAGGUCUGUCAAGAGAACGCGCAAGAGAGCGGGAUCGUGGACGUCCACAUGAGAGACGGCACCACUCCUCUGCAGGAGAGAAGCAGCGCUACUACUCCUGUGAGCGUUAUGGCAGCAGGGAGCAUUGUCAUGCCCGGUCUGCUGGUCCCAGUCGUUCCACAUCUCCAGGACCAGGUCAGGACUCUGGUGUCUCAAAACAACAGGUUAGCAGUGUGGUUAAAAUUGGUCUCUCCUCUGGUAUAAACACACCUGUCCGUAGUCGCAGGCAGCUCCCACAGACUCCCCUCACACCCCGCCCCGCUGUGGCCUACAAAACUGUCAAUUCAUCAGUGCUCACAUCCAGUGCCAGCACUGCUAUAACAGGGCACCAAACUCGCUUCAGCCGUGGCCUUUCAGAGCAUGACCGCAUACUUGUGGGCAGCAAAGAGUCCCCAAUGCCUGUUACCCGCAUAGGUUCAGACCCUAAUUUAAAUCGCCAGCAUAUGGAAUCCUCCCAGCAGGCCCUCCUUGAAGAGACAGAGGACUUCCAUGAUGCUGUAAGCAGCCAUGAAGGAGGACGAUCCCCAAGAACUGCUUCAUCCACUACAGCUUCAGCCUCGCAGGGAGCAGCUUCACCUGUUACAGCACCCAGCAUGCAGGAACGAGGUGGGAGCGUGCCUAAUGGAUACCACUUCACCCUUGGAGUCAACUCUCCAUCUGGGCCUGGGGACAGAGGAACAGGAAGUCUCAGGGAGCAAGAGGAUGAUGACUGGUGCUAACAUCCCAGACAACUUCACAGAGAGAUAGCUGAUGGCCAGAUUCCGACCGUAUUGAUACUGCUCAUCUCCAAUGAACUUUUGCAUUACCAAGCUAGUCAAAGAAUUCUGAGAAAUACAUUUUGAGGUAACAGCAGGUUGAAAGUGCCACAAAGAGGAUUUAGAGAUCAUUCCAGCUUUGUACUAUUACUGUCUUUUUAACACAACAAACUCUUUACAGGAAAAAAAGAUACAAAAAUAUCAAACUUUUUCAACCCCCUUUACUUGCACUGAAAUGAUAGCACAUGCGAAAACCCUUAACUAUCUUCUCUGGGUAAUUAAAUUUCGUGAAACAGACAACAAAAGCCAAAUCUAAAGCAUUUUAGGAGUCAUUACUGAUAUUAUCUUGGCUGCUUACACAGAGUUGCAGUAUUGUAAGUUUAAUUUAGUUUGUUUGUUAAAAAUGGUAAGUAAAAAGUAUUUUAUCAAUAAUUUUUUCUCUUUUUUUUCUCAACUAUUUUGGCAGAGUAGAUAUAGAAUAAUUAUCUAUUCUUUCAGGUGUUCAAAUUCUGCCCGAAACUUAAUAAAAGAUUAAACAAAGAUGAUGAGAAUCCCUCAAUACGAUAGGUUGCAGUAUAACUACAGUCAUGUUUUCAUCGUCACAUUGUUAUAAAUUUUACAAAAAGUAAAUAGCUGGAGCUCACACAGGACAUAAACUGCUUCCUGACAUGAAGUGGCUGAAAACUAAGUGCCUCGUUUGCCAUGAUGUGUUAAGAUGCAGCCUGACUGUGGUUCAAAUACCUGUCCUGGCUGUGGUUCCUUACCUUACAGUCGUAAGGUAAGAAAAACUAACCCCGCUGUGAAAAAAUGGAAACAGCAAAAAAAAAAAAGUUGGGAAAAAAUCUUUUUGUUCUAAGUUUUUGUGGUUGAAAAGUCAGAGUUAGUCAGAAAUAAUCUGAAGUAAACUGUGUAGUGCAUGAUAGGGUUGUCGAAGCGUAUUGUUUGUUUCUUUGGCUAAAGAGUGUGUGGUAAGCACUUGCCUUUGUCUUACAAAAAUACUGUCAAUCAGCCAUAAAAAAUGGCCUUUAUAUGGUUGUGGUGUACCAUGUGUUUUUAAUAUUGAUAAUUAGAAAAAGAAAUCUCAAAUUUAGAAACACCUGCCUCUUCAAGCAUGCAGUUUAUCUCUAAUCUUUGCCAUAAAUGUCCAAAUUGUACAAGGUUUCUUCCUUCUAAUAUCUUUGAUCUGAGAAUAUUUUUGUGCAGACAUUUGUUGGUGGAGUAACCAAUAUGUAAGUUCACAGCUAUGGAUGACUGUUGACUAAAAAGUAGGGCUAUGCAACAAGACGACACUUCAUCAGCCCCAUAGCUUUACCCUCUGCAAUCUGCAGGUUCAGGCUUUAUUGUGACUGUGACCAAAUUGUAUUUUUGUCUAUUAUAAAGUUGUAGAUUAUAAAUGUGUUAUAUGAUAAAUUGUUUACUGACAACUGAUACAAAUGAUAAAUAUGAUAAAUAUGAAAUGCUGGGCAUUUUUCUAGUUGACAAGUUGACUGCAUGAGUCCUACACAGAUGGAACCACUCAAAAUAUAAAAAUGUGUUCUGCUAAUAUAGGCCAAGUUGUGUUUUUUCUUUCUGGAGAUGUAAUGUUUUUAAGUUGAUGGCUGGAUCAAAUUCCCCACAUGAAUAAUGUGGUUUAUGUGAGGUAUGAAGUUACGCAGAAAUGGCUCAUUAUAGCCACAUUUUUGUGAACAGUGCUGCCAUCGCCUAAAAUGAAAACCCAAAUUUGGUUUGUACCCACAUCUUCUAAGCCAAAAUGGUCCUGAAAGCUCAAAGACCUUAGGGCUUCUUGAGAGUCAUGCUUAACUGUCAUUAACAGUUAGCCUGCUUGAAAACACAACAUGCAAAUCAAGCUGCUCUGAUGAGGUAUAUCCUCCUGCUUGGCUGAACAUGAUUCCUUAGUGUAGGAUUACAAAAAAAAUUGUCUUUAUUUUUUUCAGGGAAAAACGCUUUACUUGUCACUUUCUGUCUGUAGCUUUUAUUCUUUUAUCUGGCUACAUUUCUGCAUUCAGCAAGCACAUUUAUCCACAAGAAAGUACCAUUAACAAUCAAGUCGGCACAUUCUACUUGUAAAUAUUUUAAAACAGAACACCAAUACAAGCCAAAAUAUAAGUGGUUUUUGAUUUUAACUGUGAUAUUGAAAAGUCAAAGAAGAGGUCAUAUAUUAAAUUUUGAUUAUUUUGAUUUGGUGUUUGGUGCAUCAGAGAGGUAUAAAUUAGACUAAACAUAGGCAGUAAAAUUUGAUAAGCUCAUGGAUGGAAUGCCAGGAAUUUGCACAACCUAGCUGCUGAUUGCUCUUACUAAAAUUGACACCGUAUUACUGUUUUUUCCAUCACCAUUAAGUAUUCCUGGUGAGAAAACACUACUUUUGUGACUUUUUGACCUUGGAGUUGUUGGCCACUGUUUCAGCAGCGCUGAAACUACAGCUGUUAAAUAAAUAGCCAAAGGCCUACUCAGUGCUUCAAAUAUUUUACCCAAGGCAAUUUUUGACAGAGGUUGUUCUGUUGUAUCACACCAGUUAGAUAUAUUUGAAAUAGUACUUUAAUAUCAAGAUCUGUAAAUAAAUUGAAAAUGCACAACACUGAAAUAUACAGAUGCCAUCUCCUCAUGUUUAUCCACAAGAAUUACAGACAGUAGAUACAAAUCUAAAGGAGCUUUGUGUGAAAAUUGCUGUAUUAAGGAUAUUUGGAUGGAGUCGUCUCACGUGAUAAAGGAUGGUGUUUUUUUUAUUUUGUAUCUACGGAGACAAGGGAGGUACAGAAGUGUCUGUCCUUAGCAUAUAGAAACUAAAAGAUCUCACUAUGGCUACUGCUCCAGUUCUUCCUUUUUUGUAUCACUGAUUUUUUUAUUAUGAUAUCCCCAUUUCUCAAGGAUUGGUAACACACUGAGCAGCAGGAAUGAGAGCAAAUUUACCGGACCAUUUUUCUCCAAAAUUGUUUUUGAGUCAUCGAUGGUGUUCCACUCAAUGAAAAUGAAUUAGCUUUAAGUGGUACUGUGUAGUCAUGAUGGUGAUGAAACAUGUCUCAGCAGUGGUUUAUUAUGGCACUCGACUGGUUCUUAGAAAAAAUAGAAGCCUGGAAAACUCAUUAUGAUUGCCUCCAUUAUUCAAUUUCCUAACCUUCCUAGGCGGUGCAUUAAAAAAAAAAACAAAUAUAUUUGGAAUUUGUGAUUGAAUGUAAAAUUAAAAAAGAGAAAUUACUGAAAAACUUUAUACUGUUCAACUUAAAGAAAUUUAUACAUAGAGACAUUUGAGGUGACUUGUUUGCAGGUUUGGUCAUAGCUCGAUGUAAUUAGUAAGAAAAUGAAAAUUAAAUCAAUGUUUUCCAAUAAACAUUUUUAUUUAUUUGUAGAAUAAAGUAAUUUUCUUGUUGCAAUCAUGCUGACACUGUUCAAGUAUGGUUUUUGAAAAAAUAUUGGCUUUACUAUGAGUUUUCCAUAUGUGCCGUAACUGUGUUUUUUAUUUAACAUAACUCUUGUUAGACUUUAAGGUAACAAGGUCCAACUGCUGGUAUGACAUUGAUGGUCUAUAAGGUAACAAUAUUCUGUCAUCCGAUCAUGAGCUCCCAUGUUGGAGCAGAACCUGUCCCAUGUUGACCUCUAUAGUAGAUUUUAACAAUAAACACAAGAAAAGACCAGACUUCCAGUGAACAGGUAAUUAAUAGAGUGCCAAGUUUUUUUCUGACAGUUUUAUACGGCUGACCUCAUCUGGACACAUCUGCAUUUUCUGAAAAGAUAAAGUGCAUGCGAAUAAUAAAGCAAAAUAAAAUAAAAUUUGGCUUCAUCAUAUCCACAAUUUGUACAAUUAAUUUCCUGAUUGUAUUUUUUAAAGUUGGCAAAAACAAAAUUAGUAAAAAAAGCCUUUUAUUUAUAGUAAACCAUCAAACUGGUCAUGAGGUUCUGUCUCAGAAAAAAAGGAAGUGUCUGGAGUGAUUAAAACUUAAUGUCUCUCCCUCAGUCAUUUCGACUGUAUCUGAAGGUUUUGUAUGGAUAUAGGUAACUGAAUAAAGA